UUAGAGGAGAAAAACAAGAAAAAAAAUAUUCUGAACCAUCGGACUGCAGACAUGGUACAGGAAGUGACCAGACACUGCGGACACACUACAGGAGAUGACCAGAGACUGCAGACAGUACAAGAGAUGACCAAAGACUGCGGACACAGUACAGGAGAAGGACCAGAGACUGCGGAAACAGUACAGGAGAUGAUCAGAGACUGCAGACACAGUACAGGAGAUGAUCAGAGACUGCGGACACAGUACAGGAGAUGACCAGAGACUGCGGACAGUACAGGGGAUGACCAAAGACUGUGGACAGUACAGAGGAUGACCAGAGACUGCAUGGAAUUGAUGCAGACAGCUAGAGACAAGAAAUGUUGGAGGGCACACUUCUAUGAUGUGACUAGAGUCUCU